AUGACUUCAAAAGGCUCUAAUCCUAAGCUACAGAAGAAGACUAAACCAAUGGAAGAACUAAUGCGUUUGUCCAAGACUUUGCAGUUCAAUUGGUUCAUUGGUCAUUCUAUUGUGUUCUUCUCUGCCAUUUGGUAUCUUUUCAGUUUCAACCCAUUCUUUUACCGUUUGGCUUAUGUUGGUGUCACUUUAUCUUUUGGUAUAAUUACGUACCAGCAAUAUUUUCUCAAAUCAAUUCCAAAGACUGCUCAAACUUUGUUGCAUGAUGAAAAUAUUCUUUAUUUUGUCAUGUCAAUCUUCUGGUUAUUUACUCCAAUUUUCAGUAUUUCUCUAUUACCUUACUUAUCAUUCUCCAUCUUUCAUUCUUUGAAAUAUGUUACCAAUGUCUUAUUACCAACUGUUUGGAAGUUCAAUGCAGAAGACAAGAUCAUUACUGUUUUGAGAAAUUUCAUUACUGAUUACAAUGAGAAGUGUAUGUACUGGGUUGGUACCACCGAGAUUAUUACUUUUAUUAUCUUAUUUUUCAAAGCAAUCUUAUUUUACAGAAGAUCAUGGAUUCUAUUGGUUGUAUAUACUCUUUUCAUCAAGAUUAGAUACGAAGUAUCCAAAUAUUCGAAGACUGCUUUCGCUCAAUGGAGAGUUAGAUUAGACGGCUUAAUUUCUCAUCCUUCUGUUCCAAUUCCAGUUAAGAAAGGUUAUGACUGUUUUAAGACUAAUUUGAUCAAAUUUUCAAAUUUUAAGAUCACUCAAGCCGCCGGUGCUGAACCAGCAGCCACUGAAAAGAAGAAUGAUCAUAUAUAUAUAUAUAUAUAUAUAUAUAAUUCAUCUCUCUUCCUUUCAUGGGAUUUAUUCUAA